AUGGGUCUGUUAAGGCAAUUGCUCUACCUCUCCGUACACCCAAACCAACUGCGAUCCAUCCUGCAAUGGCAAAUAUGGCAUGAACCCGUGCACCUGCGGAAUCCUGCAAAGGAGUCUGAUAACGUCAAACAAUGCUUCAAAUACUUGAACAUGACCAGCAGGAGCUUCAGCUCCGUCAUCCAAGAACUCACCCCCGAGCUGCUGCUCCCAGUCGCGCUGUUCUACCUCAUCCUGCGGGGGCUGGACACAAUUGAGGAUGACAUGACGAUCCCGCUAGAGUUGAAGGAGCCGAAGUUGAGAGGUUUUCAUGAUAUUCUCGAGCAGGAUGGCUGGACAUUCACGGAAAAUGGGCCGGAUGAGAAGGACCGAGAGCUGCUUGUACAUUUCGACGUGGUGAUCCGGGAGUUCAAGCACGUCAAGCCAGCCUACCGGGCCAUUAUCAAGGACAUCACCGAGAAGAUGGGGAACGGUAUGGCAGACUACGCGAACAAUGCAGAGCACAGCUUGAACGGGGUCGACACGAUCAAGGACUACGAAAAGUACUGCCACUAUGUCGCCGGUCUGGUUGGAGAUGGUCUGACGAGGUUAUUCGUGGAGAGCAAGCUUGCAAACCCCGCGCUUCUGCAGAGACCAGAGCUUUCCGAGUCGAUGGGUCAAUUCCUGCAGAAGACGAAUAUCAUUCGUGAUGUUCGCGAGGAUUUCGACGACAAGAGGCGGUUCUGGCCCAAGGAAAUAUGGUCCCGACACGUCACUAAGUUUGAUGAACUCUUUGAGCCCCAGAAUAUCCAAAAGGCCCUUAACUGCAGUUCCGAAAUGGUUCUCAACUCCCUGCGCCAUGCGGAUGAGUGCUUGUUCUACAUGGCUGGCAUCAAGGACCAGAGUGUAUUCAAUUUUGUAGCGAUCCCUCAAUCGAUGGCUAUUGCGACGUUGGAGCUCAUCUUCCAGAACCCAUCGAUCUUUACGAAGAACGUCAAAAUCACGAGGGGUGAUGCUUGUCAAUUGAUGAUGGAGUCGUCCCAGAAUUUGCGGUCGUUGUGCGAAAUAUUCAAGCGAUAUGUACGGAGAAUACAGAAGAAGAACACACCGAGAGACCCCAACUAUCUUGCUAUCAGUGUCGCAUGCGCGAAGGUCGAGCAAUUCAUCGAAACCAUCUUCCCCUCUCAAGACCCCAAAGCCCUCUCUCUCGUGUACAAGGGCGAGGCCGAUCCAGCAGUCGAGAAGGCCAAGGCGGCGGAGUCCGAAUCCAGGAAAGAUAUCCUCUACCUCAUGCUUGCCGUCCUGGGUACCCUAGCCCUCAUCUCAGGCCUUAUGAUCGGCGCAGCCUACCUUGCAGGCGCCCGCUUCGACAUCGCCCUCGCCGAAAUCUCCCAGGGAAACCUUAUCCCAAAAGUUAGACAGGGAAGCGAAGGCUUCUCAGCUGGCGUAGAUCAUGGGGAACUAUGA